CUCCAAUCUACUGUAAUAAAAAAAAUGCAUUCUUUCAGAUAUUGGUAAAGGUUUGAAUGUAUCAGCUUCUUUUCCUCUUCAGUCAACGAAUUCGGACAAUCGUGUUGUCCGAUAUCAAGCAUCAGAAACUGAGUUUCUUAUACUGUUUCCACAUUCCUCGUAACUUUUUCAAAUCCUCGCAUUCCCGUCCGUAGAACGUUAUCGCUCUUAGCUCUUAAAAUCUGUUAAUCGUUACGCUAUGCAUAAUAGAUUUCAAAAUUCUAGUACCAUGUCACAAGUAUGAUAAACAUCGAAUCAUGAAACACGCGCAUACUUUAAAUGAAUAAUCGAUGCGCUAGUUGCAUGAAAUUAUGUACUAUGUGCAAAUCAAUUUUUUAAUGUCUCAGUAAACGACGGACUCAAAUAUGGGUUGUGUCUCAAAAAUUUGGAGGGCUGUCAAACGAUACUUAGCCAAUUGCAAUCUUCAUGGAAUGCGAUACUUGGUCGCAGAUGAUCUCCAUUGGACCGAAAGAGUAUUUUGGCUGAUGAUUUGCGCGUUAUGCUGGUGGAGAUGUUUAGUGAUGGUACAAGAUUCGCUCAAUGGUUUCUACAAUCAGCCAGUAGCUUUAACUGUAGAGACCAUGUACCUCGAUUGGCAAACAGAAUUUCCAGCGAUCAGUAUUUGUCUACGUCCUCAUCCCGUGCCUAUGAAUAUCGCUAGGUCUUUGCAUGAAAAAAGGCAUGGAACAAAAAUUAAAGUACCCAAUCCAUGGCGUUGGUUGUUUUCUAGCGACAUUCUGAAAGCCAGUAAACAACAAGUAGCCGAAUUUGAAAAACUGACCGCUGAUGAGAUCAUCAGUUUGUACACAGAGUCGAUCGCCAAUUGCCCCUCACUGUUGAACGACUGCUUUUAUCGAUCAAGAAAAUUCAACUGCUGCGACGAAUUCCGGCCUUUGAAAACUGCUGCAGGUCAAUGUUAUGUAUUCAAUUCUAGACACACGAGAUCAGACUACAAGGUUCUACAGAAAUUCAUUAUGAACAAAGAGACCGGUAUUGGAUACAUACAUAUUGGUUUUACCCCUCUUGCGUUUGCAGGGGGAUACAUCUAUGUUCAAGUAUACAUUCACAAUCCACUGGAAAUACCUAAUAGAGUGACAUUUAGUGACAAGGAGAUAAUUACGAAACCAGAACGAGUAGCGAGUGUAUAUUUCAGUAUGGAAGACGUAUUUAACGAUGCAGGACUAAGAAGUAUACCUCCAAAAAGGCGUGGUUGCCGUUUUUUUGACGAGGCAGAUGGUAUUUACACUUCCAAGUGGUACAGUAACAACGGCUGCUCCAUACAAAUACAAAUGGAACAUAUGCUGAAAGUUUGUGGCUGUGUGAGCCACCUCUUCCCAUACGUAUCGGGCAUGCCAGUCUGCAAUUAUACAGGUCUCCAAUGCCUCAAUAAACAACAUUUGGAAAUGAAGGCUAAAGAAAAUUUCAGAGAAUGCUUACCUAGUUGCGAAGGUGUAGUUAUAAAAUACUUUCAACAUAUAAACCAGAAGGCGUCGCAAUUAUUUAAAGUACCCCAGGGAUUACACCUUGAGUUAUUCACAUUACCGCCUUCACGUUAUAGGCGAUACGUACUCCGCAGUCUACUCGACUUAGUAGUUGCGGUUGGAAGCGCUGCAGGCCUCUUUUUGGGAGCUGGAAUUCUCAGUAUAGUCGAGAUCCCUUAUUGGCUCUGGUUACGAAACGACUCAUAAAUUAGAACUAGAUUUGCUAUAAUUUAUAACUCGGCUGGCACAAAAG